AGGGGGCGGGUCGCGUCCGGCGCCACGUCCGCAGCCAGAAGGCACCGUCGCCAACCUUGUCUUCUGGCUCCUCUGCCAGAGGAGGCGUCUCCGGAGCCCGCAGUUACCCCGGGCUGUGCCCGCAGCUCAGGCCGCCUCAGCCCUCCUAGGUGCUGCCCGCUCCUCCGCCCGGCCCCGGCGCCGGCCCCCGACCCGGCGGAGAUCAUGAAUCAGACAGAUAAAAAUCAACAAGAAAUCCCAUCAUACCUUAGUGAUGAACCACCAGAAGGAUGUAAAAUCUCCAAACAGUGAAAAGAAAAUCUUACUCAAGGUUCAAUGAAAGAUCACCCACAGCAGCAACCAGGCAUGCUGUCCCGUGUGACUGGGGGUAUCUUCAGUGUUACAAAGGGAGCCGUUGGUGCCACCAUUGGUGGUGUGGCUUGGAUUGGUGGAAAGAGUCUGGAGGUGACCAAAACAGCUGUUACAACUGUGCCUUCCAUGGGAAUAGGGCUGGUGAAAGGGGGCGUGUCUGCUGUGGCUGGAGGUGUUACAGCUGUUGGCUCUGCUGUUGUAAACAAAGUGCCCUUAACAGGAAAGAAGAAAGACAAAUCUGACUAAAAUAUGGAGAUACACUUGCUCUCCACAGCAUUAUGAUGCCAGUGGCAUUGAAUUGCUAAAUUACAGACUACAACCAAGUCACCUGUUUUGGACGUUUAUCUUCUAACUGCUGUGUUGAAAGUAUUGAUGACUGACUGGCUUUUGUCUAAAAGGAAGAGACCAAUACUAGCACAGUGUAUGAAGGUUUCUCAUACUUAAAUUCCAGCUUUUUAUCUGGUAAAAUGUUACACUUAUUUAGUUGUAACUAAAGAUAAGGUAUAUUUGAAUAUUUACUACAUAAGUCUUUCAGUUUAACUAAAAAUGUGAAAGUUGAAUUUAGUGGAUGAUCUUUACAGUUCCAUAUGUAUAAUGUGCCAGGUAACUCAUCUGCCCCUUAAGAAGGGAACCUUGACCUACAUAAAUGUACCUUUGAUGUGCCUAAUAGUUUCAGAUGUCUUAGUUUUUUUAAUAACCAUAGUUGAUUAGACGAAGAGGCAUUCUUUUCUUAUUUAAGAUGGUAAAAGUAGCAGGAACUAGAGAAGUUUAAAAGAAAAGAUUCAUGGUUUUAUGAGUAUUAACCAUCUUUUGUUAGAUAGGCAUAUAUUAAUUUAAUCAUUGAUGCCUUACAAAAGAAAACAUCUUUUCUAAUACCCUGAAUAUGUGCAGUUCUUAGGAUUAUUAUUAUAUAUGGAUUCUUUCAAAAGUUGUUUGUGAAAUUAGUUUUCCCUCAAGAAUCUCAGGAUUAGUGACAUAAAGGCAUUUCUUGCUCUCAGCAGAUUAGGAUAGUGUUUGAUAACUGUCAGUAGUUAUAACCAAAUUGUACACUUCAACCUGGGUUCAUGCUCCAUCAUUAAUAAACCUCACAGUGCCUAAGGAACAUUUCUUUGCUGGUCAGAAGCUGUGUUAAUAAAAGAGUUUCAUAUUAAGGAGGAAAACAUAAAUCAUUUUAAGUUCUUAAGAAUUACCUAAAGCAUCCAAGAUAUAAAAAAUUCUUCACACCUAUUUUGUCUCCAGGAUGGCUUAAAUUACUAGCAGUACCCCUUUCAAAAAACACAGUGAAAGCAGCCACAGAUGUGUGGGGGCUGACUCUUAAAUUGAACGGAAUGGGCUCCAUAGAUUAGUUUUGAAUGUAAAAUAUAUGUAACUGCUUUCUGUUUGACAGGCUUUUAAAAUGUCAUCUUACACUCCUUUAAAGCAGCUGUAAACUUUGUACCAUUUUCCAAGUCAACUUCAGGCAGGAAAUUGAAUUUUUUGGUUGCGGAUGAUAAGUGUGUUGUGUCUCAUUAACGUCUCAUCAUGUCUCAUUCAUUCUAAAAGAAUAUGACUUAGCUGGAAUUCAUUUUUUUUUUUUUUUUUUGCGGUACGCGGGCCUCUCACUGCUGCGGCCUCUCCUGUUGCAGAGCACAGGCUCCGGACACGCAGGCUCGGGACGCGCAGGCUCAGCGGCCAUGGCUCACGAGCCAAGCCGCUCCGCGGCAUGUGGGAUCUUCCUGGACCAGGGCACGAACCCGUGUCCCCUGCAUCGGCAGGCGGGCUCCCAACCACUGCGCCACCAGGGAAGCCCGAAUUCAUCUUUUUUUUGUUUCAUAAAAAUUUUAAAAGUGGCAUUUCUCUUAACCAAGGGUUUAAUCCCAGCCUGAAAAAUCUUAAUUUUCCUUCACUUAAGUUUGGAAAUUUGCCACCAUUCUGCAGACUUUUUUUUUAAACGAGCAAGGGGAAGAAAGGAGGUGAUGCUCUGGAGUAAGUCAAAACAGCAUUCCUGAGAACUUAGAUCACUCCAACACCCAAAGCUUAAGUGUCUGUUUGCAACCCACUAAGAGUUUUACAUUAAUAAUGUGGAUCAACAAAUGGAUAAGAACAAAACUUAGCUUUUAAAAGCUUCCAUAAAUACCAGCAGGGAUUGAAGUAAAUCCACAAAGGUUCUUGAACCUUUCUGCCAUAUACAACACUGGAAAGUCAUUAGGGAGUUAAUCAAAAAUUAAAUUGUUGUUUAUUUCAUCCAGUAUGAUUAAACAUAUAUUUGUUCGUAUAUCUGGUCAAAUGUCAUAAUUAGCAAGGGGAUUUAAAAAAAAACCAAAAUUAACGGAUGAACACUAAAUAAUGAUCUAAGUAAUGAUAUUGGAGAAUUUGUUUCCUGCUAUUUGAAAGAAAUUAUUGCUUCAUUGCUAGCUGAUAUUUCUAAAUUAUCUUCUUAUCUUCAUUGGCUCUGCCGUGCUUUGUACCUGAAUUUCUAAAUAUAGACUUUAGUUUACUGUAUGCUUGAAUAUUUAUUUUCAACUUUGCUUGUCUUUAAAAUUGCUUGAGGAAAAAUGGUUGUAAUUAAUUUCUGCUACAGAAAAGCCACCUGGUACAUUUUAUCUCAUCAAGUUUGUUUUAAAUUUUAAAUUAUAACUUUGUUCAGGAGAGGCUUUGCAAUGAUAGCAGAGAACUUGUACAAAUGAAGUUAGUUGUAGACGUUCUUGUUGAAAUGAACUUGCCAUUUGAUGAUAUGUAAAGCUGUACACUUCUUUUUCUGUUUAUUUCGUAGACUAGCAAUCUGACCUGUUAAACAGUACUAGUUCACUUCAAGAAGCUAAUAAGGUGGUUGUUGUAUACACCUGGAGGCAUCUGUUAUUCAGCUUAUCUUUUGAGUGGGUAUUCCAACACAAUGAGGAUAAACUUGUGUGACCCACUUGAAUGACUGAUCUAAUAAUGUUGACGUUAUGAAUCCUGUACUUAGUGAAAUGUCAGAUGAAAAUAACUGAUGACUGAAUAAAUUUUUUUGUAUUAAAGGAA